UCGUGUCAUUUCAGGUGUGAGUACUACGCCAUUCAAUAAUUCCUUAUACAUUUGGGUCCAGCCUAGCAAAAAGGUGCUAAUCAGAAAAGAGGAACAGGAAUUAGACAGCGAUUGGGGAUUAGGGAUUAGGGUGAUUUGUCUCUCAAUCUCUGUCUAAUUCCACAUCGGUGGCGCCGUCGGAACUGGAAUCUUCUUUUUCUUCCCUCUCUACCCAGUCAAGUUACACCAAUUUCUUUGUUAGAUUACAACUUCCAAUUAUGGGGAAUUGCUUUACUAAGGCGCAUAAUGAUAUGGAUGAGUCUGAUCACAAAGUUGAUUUUACUGGUGGAAAUGUGCAUCUCAUCACAACCAAGGAAACUUGGGAACAAAAGCUUGAUGAAGCAAAGAGAGAUGGAAAGCUUGUAGUAGCCAAUUUUAGUGCUGUAUGGUGUGGCCCUUGUAGAGUAAUUGCACCUUUCUAUGUUGAGCUGUCUAAGAAACACCCCUCGGUUAUGUGCCUCACAGUCGAUGUAGAUGAACUUACGGAAUUUAGCACAUCAUGGGAUAUAAAGGCAACUCCGACCUUCUUCUUCCUUAAAGACGGUCAACAAAUCGACAAACUUGUGGGCGCAAAUAAGCCAGAACUAGAGAAGAAGUUGAUUGCCGUACUAGAUUCAGUCGCCCCACCAUGUCAAACAUAGUUUCUUUGGCUCGGAUCAUUCCAUCAAGCUCAAGAAAUCGGCAGAUCUUCUCUUUUCCUUCUGAUUAAGGACGUAUAAAUUUGUAAAUCCAAGAGUGGCAAUGUUUUGUGCAUGUAUGUGUGUGAUACGUUAUUAAAAGAUAUAAGAGUGUAUUUUUUCCUAAAAA